GGAUAAAAUACAAAUCUGUACUUUUUGUGUCCCAGCUGAGUAACAGGAGGAGGAGAGUCUGGUGGAGCAGCAGAGGAACAAUUUCAGCCAUUUGGAAUCAGCCACUACAGAGGAAACAAUGACUUCAACACAGGAGGACCAACAUGGAGCGAGAAGUCAGCACUCUCAGGAGUUUGACGAACUUCACAGACAAAAAAGAGAAAAAAAAUACACCUGUGAGGAAUGUGGGAAGGAUUUUACCCGUUCUGGCAACUUAAAAACACACCAAUUCGUCCACAGUGGAGUUAAACCAUACAGCUGUGAUCAGUGUGGUAAAGCUUUUAAUCACAGAAGCCACUUACGACGUCAUCAAUUUACUCACUCUGGAAUGAAAGCGUACAGCUGUGAGUUGUGUGGUAAAGCUUUUGCUGACAAUGGAAGCUUACGGAGUCAUCUAGUUACCCACUCUGGAGUUAAAGCAUACAGCUGUGAUCAGUGUGGUAAAGCUUUUGCUCAUAGUAAAAGCUUAAAGCGUCAUAAAGUUACCCACUCUGGAAUUAAGGCAUACAGCUGUGAUCAGUGUGGUAAAGCUUUUGCUCGCAGUAGGUACUUACAAAGUCAUCUAGUUACGCACUCUGGAAUUAAGGCGUACAGCUGCGACAUUUGUGGAAAAACCUUCCGCUGGCCACUCAGCCUUAAUAUUCACCAACGCAUUCACACCAAAAAGGAUUUUUGCUUCUGUGAUCAGUGUGGCAAAACCUUUGUGGCAUACAAAUAUUUACAGCAGCACAUGUUUAUCCACACUGAGGAGAGACCUUAUAAAUGUGAUCUGUGUGAGAAGACCUUUAAAGAUCCACGUUCCCUGAGACAACAUCAACAGAUUCACACCAGAAAGAAACUCUACAAGUGCACUUACUGUGAGAAACAGAGCGACACAGAUGGAUCCACUUCUCAACCCUGUCGUCGCUGUGGUGGUGGGAAAGCGUUUCAUUGUGACCUUUGUGGAAAAACUUUCAAUCAUCCAGAUAGCCUAAAACUACAUCAACGUAGACACACUGGAGACAACAUGAAUUACUGCAAAGAGUGUGGGAAAGGCUUCCCCACAUCAAGUGAAUUAAAAAAACAUUAUGUUUAUCACAGUGGCGUUAAAAAGCACAUCUGUGACCAGUGUGGUUCAUCUUUCUUCACUGCAAAUCAGCUUAAAGAGCAUAAAAGAGUCCACACAGGAGAGAAACCAUAUAAGUGCAGACACUGUGACAAAAGCUUCUCACUUUCAGGCCAUCGUAAUGUUCAUGAACUUACACACAUUGAAGGGAACUUCAGCUGUGACCAGUGUGACAAGACCUUCAAGAAUCUCAGUUCAUACUCUGCACACAAACGAUCCCACGCUGCAAAUAAACAGUUUCACUGUUACCAAUGUGCAAAAACGUUCACUUCAUUAUCUUCUCUGUGCAAACAUCAGCAUGAUCAUGCAUGACUGAAAUCAAUGGAUCACAAUGAAUCUGAAGAAAAAGAAAGAUCCCCUUCAGGUUUCAGGGUCAGACUUAAAAUCUCGAGAUCAGGCUCUACAGAGUUCAGCUGGAUUCUCCUAUAAAAAGAGUGUCAGCUGAUGUCACACUUGGAUGAGGUAGCUCUGAUUUGGACCUGCAAUGAAUAAUCCUGAAUCUUAAAUUUAGAAGUUGCAAUUAUGGAUAUAUAGAUCUACUUAAUUUUUCUUUGAUAAAUGUUGAUGCUCUCUUUUAAAACCCACCUUGUUUUAUUGUAAUUUUAUGUGUUAUCUUUUCAAACUUUAAUCUUAAAUCCCUUUCUCCCAAAACCGCAAAUAAUUUCACACUAGUUGCUCUUACAGCACCCAAUACAAACUUAAUUGUCAACCAGCUUUGAAACAAAAGCUCCUUUGACUUAAUGUCCAGAAAAAAGAAUCUCAAGCUAAACUGGCAAUGGGCUGUACUUCCAUGUAGUACUAGUUUGUACCAGAAGAUUGAGCAGUGAGUGUAAUUUUUAUUUAAUCAGGCAAAGAACACAUUCUUAUUCACAGUGGCAGCAAAGAAUUGUUAAGGUUAGCUGAUGUGCAGCACAUAUCAGGACCAUUGAAACGAUCACAAAGACAAUUUGUACUUAAUUUAAAUUCUAUCAAACCUCUGCUUUUGGGUCCUCCUUUCACUUUAGUGUCUUUACUGUAUCCUUUAAAUCCACGUGUUGUUUAGUCAAUGCAUUUUGAGCUGCAUGUUUUGCAGCUGUUUUCUUGUUGGGUCUAGUUUGUAUUGUGAAACAGUGAUACUGUUAAAGCAUUUGUUAUAUUUGAUUAACUCCGUGUAAAGUUUAUUUUAUAAAACAGUUUGAUGUAAAAAAUAAAGAAAUGGUCUGACAACAAGUAGUUUGAGCCAUG